GGGAUCUGUGUUUUUUCGUCGUCGUCACCACUUUUUAAUUGUUUUCAAAAUAAUUAACUAGUUUUACUUAAUUAAUUAUUUAAUUAAUUAAGUAUUCUGUAGUCGUGGUGGUGGUGGUGGUGAUGGGCCCAGUUGGACACGACUAAUUUGUAAUGUAAUUUGUCGAGACAAUAAUAAAUAAAGUAUGUCCGUUUUAAGCCAUUUGACACGACAUAUUGCUCGUUCGAGUAGUAGCAAAAUACCAUUUUUUGGAACGGGGAACAAUGUCUUUGUCGUCCCUUCGAGAAGUCUGUUGUCCUUUGGUCAACCAACGUUGGAAUCGCAUGCAGAGUUUUUCGGGGGGCCGAUGGAGAUUAUGCCUGGUUUGUAUAGAGAAGAAUUGAAGAAUCGUAGGAAUUCUUUGUGCAAUAUGAUUCUGGAUUGGUCGUCUAAAACGGAAUCACGGUCUUCCGACUUGAGCCAUCUGAUUUUCAUUCCAGCCUCGAGGAAGAAAUAUAUGACUGAAAAUAUUCCCUAUCCGUUUCGGCAGAAUUCAAAUUUCCUCUAUCUGAGUGGAAGUUUUGAUCCGGAAGCACUGAUAAUCCUUUGUGCCAAUCGAACAGAGCAGAUACACAUGCUUUUCUUGGCGGAUCCUGAUCCAAUGGCGGAACUUUGGGACGGCCCGAAAACAUCGGUGAAAGCAGCAGUUGACCAUUAUGGAUUCGAUAGAGCCUUCCAAAUGUCGGAAUUUGAUGGAUUUGUUCGGGAAUUUUCAAGGCUGACCAACAAAGUUAAAGUUUGGUGUGAAGAGAAAGAAAUUGUGGAGAAAUUACUUCAUCCCACGUAUGGAUUUGAAUUAAAAAACACGGAAUCUCCAAAGGCCAUCUUGGACGCCAUGCGUGUAAUAAAAUCACCCUCUGAAAUCAGCCUGUUGCGUCAAUCUUGCAAAAUAGCAUCUGAAGCAUUUCAACAAACGAUCAAAUACUGUGCAGAAAAAUGCUCACAAGGCGAGCCUCUUAGUGAACAUCAAAUCUGGGCAAAAAUCGAUUACGAAAGUCGAAUUCAUGGUGCAGAUCGGCUCGCCUAUCCUCCCGUUGUGGCCUCAGGCUCACGUGCAAAUGUGAUCCACUACGUUUUCAACAGCAACAAGUGCGACCCCAAGGAACUCGUAUUAGUCGACGCCGGUUGCGAAUUUUUCGGAUACUGCAGUGACAUUACUCGUACUUGGCCAGUCUCUGGAAAAUUUGUUGACGACCGACACAAAAGUCUGUACGAAAUGUUGCUCCAAGUGCAAAUCGAUCUGAUCAAACAAGUCCGACCAGGAAUUUCACUUGAUCACCUCUUCCGAAUAAUGAGCAGUCACUUGGUCAAGGGUCUAGAAGAGUUGGGCAUCAUCAAGCCGGGUUUAGGAAGCAGGAGCAAGUCGGACAUCGCCCUCCGUUUCUGCCCCCACCACGUCAGCCAUCACCUCGGGAUGGAUGUACACGACACGCCAUCAAUCGAACGAAAUGAUCCCCUCCAACCCGGCAUGAUUGUUACCAUCGAGCCAGGAAUCUACAUCCGGAAUGUCCCCUCUCAACGCGAAAUAUUAACCCCGGCUGGAAAGGAAUUUAUCGGAAUUGCUAUGCGGAUCGAAGAUGACGUAUUAGUCACGAAUGACGGCCAAAACGUGUUGUCGGGAAGUUGUCCAAAACACAUAGAAGAUAUCGAACGCUGGGGACACAUCAACUUGGCCAAGAGUGCUAGCCGAUUCUAGUAGUUUGUGUAGUCCACUUUUGUUGUUGUUAUGUUUCUCCUACUUACACGCAUAAAAAAGUAUUUUAAAAUGGUAUGAAAAACCGAAAGUAAAAACAACUCGAACAAAAAAAAAUUGGUUAAAAUUA